AGUUCCGAAAACAUUGUGGCAACAAAAACGAAGAACAGAGAGAUUCUCACUUCUCAGGCGUGUGAGAAAGAAAGAGAUCUACCAUAGUUUACAGUGGGUGCGUCUACACCUAAUCACAGAUUCAACACCAACCAACAACAACAACAAUCACCGAUUCGAAAUCAAAAUCUCAAUCUGGUAAUCUGGUUCUACUCAAUUCUGAAAUCAUGUGGGGAACCAUUGCUAAUUUGAAGGAAAAUCUCAACAAGAUUGCCCUCGAUGUUCACGACGACGAAGACGAAGACGACAACGCCGUCUUUUUCUCCUCCUACAGAUCCCCCGCCGCCGCCGCCGACAACAACAACAACCACUCUUCCGUCUCCGAUCGCCGGAACUCUCACAGCUUCGCGCACUCCAAAUCUCCGGUUCCUAGGUCGCCGCUUUCCAAUGUAACAUCGGAUCCUCACUCUGCUUCUGAGAUAGAACAAUACAAAGCAGAAAUCAAGAGGCUUCAAGCAUCAGAGGCAGAAAUUAAAGCGCUAUCAGUUAAUUAUGCAGCUCUAUUAAAAGAAAAAGAGGAUCAGAUUAUUAGGUUGGGUAAAGAAAAUACCUCAUUAAAACAGAACUCGGAGCCUAAGAGUCCAGCAUCUUCAAAUGGCACAUACAUGAUCAAGGGAAAUGGUGACCAAUCUUCAAAUAGGCAGCAUAGAUACACACCUCAUAUUAAAAAUCACUAUGCUGCAAACAACGGAUCCAUGUCUGCUUUGGAUCCCGAUGCCAUUCAAAGUAGGAUGACUUCGAAACAUUCAAACUUACAAGUAACAGAGAAGGAGCUUGCAGAUUUGACAGAGGAAAAACAUAGCCCCACAGCAGCUGUUCUACAUACUCGUGAGAUACAAAAAUUGAAGUUGGAAUUGGACCAAGAACGCAAUAAAUUGGCAAACAUUCAACUAAAAUACCAGGAGGAACAGAAACUGAACAAGUCUUUCCAGGAUGAGCUUAAAUUAUCAAAGUUGGAAAGAGAAAAAACAACACAGGAGAUGAGCAAAUUGCGUGAUGAAUUGAAUGAGAGAGUAUCGGAAGUAAAACAUCUGCAACUGGAGCUAACUAGACGUGAAGAUGAAGAACCAGUUGAAGCUGUGGACACCUUGAAGAGACUAAUCCAAACUUUAGAGAAGGAAAACACUGUUCUUCAGAUGGAAAAGAAUGAACUUGAAGCUGCACUUAAAACAAGCAGGGCAUCUUUCACUGGGAAAAUGUCAUCUGAUGCUUCCCAGUUUCAGAACAAGGAUGCAGGCAUUAGCAGUGAUACAUCAGACCCGUCCAACAGUUUUCCAGAGAAAGAAGACAUGGAAAGGUCCAUAGAAAAGCUAAGUAAAGAUUUGAAGGAAACACAAAAGCAUAGGGAUAAAGCAGUACACGAAUUAACCCGCCUUAAACAACAUUUGUUAGAAAAGGAAUCGGAAGAAUCAGAAAAAAUGGAUGAGGAUAGCAAAAUCAUUGAAGAUUUACGUGAUAGCAACAAUUAUUUAAGGGCACAAAUAUCAAAUCUUGAGAGAACUCUGAAGGAAGCAACUUCAAGCCAGGAGAAACUGAAGAUGGAAAACAACAAUGAAAUUCUAAAGUCCAGGGAAAUCAUCGAUGACCUGAACAAAAAGCUUACCAACUGUAUGAGCACAAUAGAUGCUAAGAAUAUGGAACUUUUAAAUCUACAGACAGCCCUUGGACAGUAUUAUGCUGAAAUUGAAGCUAAGGAACAUUUAGAGGAAGUGUUGGCUCAUGCAAGAGAAGAAACAGCUAGGCUUAACAUGUUUCGACAGGAUGCAGAUUCGAAAGCCAAUGUAUUGAGGGGUGAAAAAGAAGAAAUUUUAGCCAAGCUUUCUCAAUCUGAGAAGGUACAAUCAGAAUGGAGAAGUAGAGUAAGUAAACUAGAGGAAGACAAUGCCAAAUUGAGACGAGCUCUUGAGCAGAGUAUGACACGGCUAAAUAGAAUGUCAGUGGAUUCUGAUUUUCUCGUUGACAGGCGCAUUGUUAUAAAGUUACUUGUAACAUAUUUUCAAAGAAAUCACAGCAAAGAGGUAUUGGAUCUAAUGGUUCGCAUGCUGGGAUUCUCUGAAGAGGACAAGCAAAGGAUAGGCAGUGCUCAGCAACGUCCGGGAAAAGGUGUUGUCCGGGGAGUUCUUGGGCUGCCUGGCCGUCUGGUUGGAGGUAUAUUGGGAGGAGUUUCGGCUGAAUCAGCUGCGAAUGUGGGUUCUGAUAACCAGUCCUUUGCGGAUUUGUGGGUUGAUUUUCUUCUCAAGGAGACUGAACAAAGAGAGAUGAGGGAGUCAGCUGGAACUACAGGUACAUCCAUGGAAGAUUCACAAGAUACAAGUUCAAAUACUAAUUCUGCUACUUCACCAUUUUCUAAUCAGAGGUUCAGCACUGAUACAUCGCCAUAUAAUUCAUCCAUUAAUAACAAGACAAGUCCUCUGCCUCGUGGAUAUUUUCAUCAAUCUGACGAAAAUGGUUCCGAGUUCUCCACUGUUCCUCUUACAUCAUCAGAUAGCAAAACUCCUAGUUCAAAACCGUUCACUAGAUACUAAAUAUACAUUCGUUUUGUCAAAAUGUAAUCAGUCACAGGUAUAGAGGUCAUUAUUAAAUUUUAGGCAUGCCUUGUUCAAUUAAUUCUUUCAUUAUAAUGAAUGUAUUUUAUUUUAAUCACAAAAGGUUACAUAGAUUGGAUUCUCUUGCGUAAUGUGGAACUUGGGAAAAUUGAUGUAAAUUCUAUGUAGUACACAGCUUAUUACUACCAGCUAUCUUA